AUGAACUGGACCGAAGGCUCUCUCGCUCGCCACUCCAAAGCCAAACCCUUCGACGACGGCGUCGCCCGUCAGAAACGCCACUUUGCCCGCGCCCGCGCCCAACGACGACAUGACUCUGGUCCUCCGCCAGCACUCCAGACUGCCGCGGCGGCAGCCCCCGACGCGUCCAGGUUUGUGCCAGAUUACCUUGCCGGGGAGCUCCAGGGCCAGCUGGCCCUCGCUCCGUCCGCCGACGACGGGGACGCUUCGGCCUCCCUGAAGGAGAGGAGGGCCAGGCUGCUCGACAAGAGCGACUGGGCAGGCAUUGAAGACCAGCCUCAGCCCUCGCAGCAGCAGCAGCAGCAGCAGCCCUCGCAGCAGCGGCAGCAGCCCCUCGCCGCCGCGCAAGAGUAG